AUGUUUUUCUUCUGGAAUUGCUUCAAGUUUCUUUUUGUCACUCCGCCAUCUUCAGAACAGGGCAGACCAGAAACUCCGGCACGACCCCUGGCUCAGGAUAGUCCACAUGAACCACUGUGCGAAGACACAGACUGCAUUUAUUUCGAUUCCAACUCACAAUGCAACCGGAGCAAGUGGGCGACACAUUUCUGGCCUCAUUACUGUCGAUACAACACUCCCGAGGAUAGGUUUUGGCCACAGCAACCACCAUCUCCAGUGGCCUAUUCUCAAAUAACUCGCCCCAGGAAGUGGGAGCGUGUCACCUACUUCGGUCCCGGUACUGUAUUGGAUAGCCCGACCGUGAACAUCCGAUCUGAGCGCGCUUCCGGUGCCAUGUUCGGUGUUAAGGUCGUUCCUAGUCGCACAUCACGCUGCUGA